UCGGCAUCAGUUUCGCUAGCAGCGUCCACACACGCACACAUGCACACACACAAUCGGCAUACACGAAGGGCAAGAGGCAUCAGCAGGCGUUGAAAGAAAGUGCUGCUCAGGAGAAUCAUGAAAUUAAUAGCGUACUCGGCGAUGUCGGCCAGGGCCCCGGAACGGCGAGGCUGCAGAUAGGAGCCGCGAGUCGUCGCUCUCCAGGACGGCUGCGCGCCAUUCCCGUGUCGCAAGUGCCUGCGGUGCAACCGGCAACAUCGUGAUGUACGACCCAGAGUCGCCUACAGGCUCAAACAUGGCCGCCAGGAGGUGAUCAUCCUGUGGCCCCUUACCAUCGAAAAAGCGCCGUUAGUCAUCGGUGCUGACCCGUGGCAGUAUCUAGAUGGGCCGAGCUUGUCGACGGAUGACCGAGGAGGCUUUUAAUGCCAAGACCGUGGCCAUAGGACUCCCGACAGGCACCACAGAGACACCGAAUUGCACCUUGCGGCCCGACAGGAGCUGUUGCGAGCAACCGCGUUGAACCUGGUGGCGGCCGUAGCCCGUGCGAGCGCAAUCGCCGAGGCGACCGCCCGACCCCGACGGAGCCAUGUUUCGUGUUGGGCUCGCCGAUUUAAAUGGCCGUGCGAGCAGCUGGCACUGCUCGCUUGCCACGCCAGGGAAUACAGCCCGUGCUGUGCUCGAUUCACAUGGACACAGCGCUGUUCUCCAGCCACUGUUGUGCAAGGUUUGAAUGGGGACUCUGAAAGCUCAACGAAUGAAGAUAGCAAAGGCUUGGACAACCCCCAGGACUGACUGACAAGCCCAUGCAUUGACUCACGAGGAAGAGUGGAACCAAUUCAACCAACUGCCCUCAUCUGCCCACCGACAGCCUCCAGCUGCAAGUAGACCGAGAAAUCAUCAGAGAUACGGGAGGAUGAUGACGAGGCGGCACCGAAUCACGUGGCUGCAGCCAAAGUGGCUCGAAAGAUGACUCGCCUGCGCAACAAAAGUAACACUGCGAAUGCUGCACAGCCAGACAACAGUGACAUCCAAAAGUCGCCGCGUCUCAAAGGCAUUUCAGUGGACAGUGUGGUGACAAGUGCGAGUGACGGACCCGGGAGUGGUGACAGUGGUGAUGCAGGGGCUACGAACUGUGUGGUGGUUCUGUCAGUGAUGCGAGACAGUAGUGCGCACUCCACAGACAGUAAAGCAGGAGACCCGCUCAUGACAGAAGCAAAAGCAAUGGCUGAUGACGAUGAGGACACAGGCCAUUCUGUGGACAGUUCUAUGCAGGACGAGUCGAGUCUGGCAUCUGCGACAGACAGCCAGGCAUCGUCAAGUGAUGCUGGGGCAACCAACAAGAGCAAGCAGAAGCAAGGAAGAAUGGGAAAGGCGACGGCACAGUCCCCGAAGGCCAGGCGUCGAAGGGCGUCCGAGGAUAUGCCCAGUUUCGAGGGCCCUGCCACACGCCAGCGUAGCGUGCGGCUACGAAGUGGGGACAAGAGGCGAGGCACCAGCCCGGCCCAGCCGUGUCCAAGCAAGAAGGCACGGCAGAAAAAGCCACCAGCCGCAGCGAAAAAGCAAGUACCGCGAGGGGCACAGGCGAAAGUCUCCAGCAGCAGGAAGGGGAGCACGUUGGAAAAUCGCGAAAUGCCAGACACUGAACCUGAACUGGAUCAGGAUGAAAGCAUGCAGGACGUGUCUAGUGUAGACAUGGAGAGGGAGGCAGCAGUUUCUCACACAGGUGAAUCCCUCGACAGCAAUGUCGCAGUUGAACACCCUCCGACCCUUGUCAGUGCCUGUGAAACUGAGUUGAUGCAAGCUGAGGAGAGAGUAGAAGAUAAAAAGGAGGCAUCAAGUGCGGAGCAGCAAGCACAUACCACUGUGAACAUUACUGAGGCUGUGCAUCAGUUGUCAAGCUCUCCUACUGCUGAUGGAUCUGAGUCGAUGGAGCAAGUAAUGAAUGCUGUGCUAGCUGAAGUGUGCACGUCCGGUGAAAGUGAGCUGCAGCAUAAGGAACUGGCAGAGAAAUAUAGCUCUGAAAUUCACAACACAGUCUGCAGUGAAUCAAGUGCAGUGUUGGCCUGUGAAAGCGAAAGUGGACUGUUACCUCUCAGCCAGCCUGAGGCAAAUUGUACCCCCAUAUCUGAUGGGAAAAUGGAAUCUGUCCCCCUUGACAUCGAAGCAGUACCUCCUGCACCGGAGAGGACAGAAGGCCCCGUAUCAGAUACAGCUGCCAAGCCACCUGACAGAGGCUCGAGAUCUCAAGAAAGUGAAGAGAAAGCACCGAUGACUGACAGUGACGCUGCUGUCUCUCGUUCCUGCCUUCUGUUGUCACCCACAGAAUUGUCACCAGGCGAAGCAAAAGUCGCCGACCACCGGGACCGACGAUACUACUGCAGUCCUGAAAAAUGUGGUACACUUGAUAGUCCCGAGAAGGGUUCAUCUACGCCAAGAUCAUCAAGACGCAGAACCAGAUGGCAAGAUGCGGAACCUAACACCGUUUCUGAGCCACCUGUGGUGCCUCUCCUUGAUUUGUCAGUGUUGCCAUCAGAACCUGUUAAACCAGUCGCAACUGUGGCUGUAGAAACGCCCCAGCAGGACUGGGCCUCCAACAAUUUGCCGGAUGCUGAUACGGCUUUGCCUCCACCGCCCCCACCAAAAGCCCCAUCUCCACAGAGGAAAGAUUCAGUUGGUGCACUUGACUCAAGCCGUCCGGAAAAGGUCAAGUCUCGCUGGCGGCGCAGCAGUGAACUUGAGACUUUCGACACGGCACCUGCUCCAUUGUUGUCUUCACCAGUAGCUCGCAACUCCUCUCCAUGCGAAGCUAGAAUGCCUGCCAUUCAAGAAGCAACUCCUGCUGGCGUGAAGGAAAGCUCACGAAGGCGGGAGCGUAGUAGCCCCCAAUUGGCAUCACAUUCAAAGGAUUCCAAGGAAUCCAGAGGCGCAAGUAGCAGAGAACAGUCCGACAGCACGACUUCACCCAGAAACUCCAGGAAUAACCACAGAAUGGAGAUCAGCAGGGACAGCAGAGAAAACAGGGACAGAGAUGGCAGGGACAGCAGAGACAACAGAGACAGAGACGGCAGGGACAACAGAGACAACAGGGACAGAGACGGCAGAGACGGCAGAGACAGCAGGGACAGCAGGGACAGCAAGAGCAGAGAUGGCAGGGACAGCCGCGACAGGGAAAGCCGUGACAGGGACAGCCGUGACAAGGACAGCCGCGACAGGGACAGCCGUGACAGGGAAAGCCGAGACAAGGACAGCCGAGACAUGAGAGAUAGCAGGGACAGCAGGGAUAGAGGAAGCGACAGCAGCAGUGGUAGUGUGACCAACGACUUGUCUACCAAGGCUGUGGGCUAUGAAGAUAUUGAAGAAAACCUCUACCUUUUUGAGAGACGCAAGACGAAAAGCAAGAAGGAGGUCCGCCGCAUGAUCUGCGACUGCUCCCUGACUAAGGACGAGAAGGACAGGGGUAUCAUGGGCUGUGAAGAGGACUGCCUCAACCGCUUGCUUAUGAUUGAAUGUGGAUCUCGGUGUCCUAAUGGCGACAACUGCAGCAACCGGCGAUUUCAGAAGAAAAGCUACAUCAAAGUGGAAAAGUUCAUGACUGAGAAGAAAGGCUGGGGUUUGCGCACUUUGGAGACUGUCUCUUCGGGCACAUUUGUGAUGGAAUAUGUGGGAGAAGUGCUGACACCAGAGGACUUCCGCAAGCGGGUCAAGCAGUACGCCCGGGACAACAACCAACAUUACUACUUCAUGGCACUGCGCUCGGAUGAGAUCAUCGAUGCGACUCAGAAGGGCAACGUGUCGCGCUUCAUCAACCACUCGUGCGACCCUAACUGUGAGACACAAAAGUGGACAGUGAACGGGGAACUCAGGAUUGGCUUCUUCACAAGACGGCCACUGAGAGCUGGUGAAGAGCUGACCUUCGACUACCAGUUCCAGAGAUAUGGCAAAGAGGCGCAGCGCUGCCACUGUGAAUCUAGCAACUGCCGGGGCUACAUUGGGGAAGACACGAAGAUGACGCUCAAGUCUGGCCGCAGCCAGCUUCAGAAACGAACCAGCAGCAGCACCAGCAGCAGCGCCAGCAGUAGUAGCAGCAGCAGUGCUUCGUCCAAGAGAGUUGAGGAGCGCAAGCGAGACACGGUGGAGGACUUGGCGAUGGAAGAGGAGAUUGAGAAACUGAGCGGUGGAUUGAAGAACCGAGAACACACGCUGCUUCUGGCCAGGCUCAUGGUGCGAGGAGAGGAUAUUGACACACGGCAGCGGCUCCUGAACAUCAUCAAAAACACGACGGAGACGGCUUGCCUUCGCUUGUUUCUGGAUUACCAUGGUCUUUCGCUGCUAUGGAGCUGGAUGGCAGACAUUCCUGAUAACGAGCUUGCUCUCAAAGCAGAGAUCCUGACGGUGCUUCGCCAACUGCCCAUCCCCAACAAAACGAUGGUGAAGGACAGCAAGGUGAUGUCAGUGGUGCACCGCUGGGCAUCUCAGCUGGCUGAGCAGGGCGCUACAGGUGGAGCCAUAGCUUCAGCAGUGGCAAAGGACUCUGACAUUCCGCCUCCACCUGACAAGCGGGCCAAAGUGACGAGUGAGGAAGCUGAUAGCGAUGCCUCGGAGAGCUCGGGCGGUCAGACGCCAGCAUCGGCACCUUGUCAGCGCUCUCAGACUGGGUCUGUGGUCUGUUCUCCGGACUCUACAAACCUGGUUGAGAACGGGGACUCGACGCCGAGUGACGGGCCGAAGGAUGAGCUAGGCAGUAAAAUGGCCACGGAUCUUUCUGAGCUCGCAUCCACGCUCUUGGACUCAUGGGGCUCCUUAAAGGAAGUCUUCCGGAUCCCUCGCCUAGAGCAACAGAAACGUCGCGAGGAUGAACGCGAGGCAGACAGGCGAGAACGGGAACGCAAUCGUCAGCAGAAGAAUCGGGAAUCUUCUUUCAGUGGCCGAGACUCCAGCUCUAGGCACCGCAGUCCUCCAUCCUCAAGUAUCCGUGACCGCAGGGACAGGGACUAUGAAAGGUCGUCUGAACGGAGACGGUAUUCCGCUUCACCCGAGCGAAGAGAUGACAGAAAACCUUUCCAUCGGUCAUCAGACCACCGCCGCUCUGGCGGCGGCGGCGGCGGCGACUCCAAGCCUAGGAAGACACUGCUUCCAACGCCACCGCGGCUGACCAAGGAAGAACGUCGGCAGCUGUUCGCACUCGAGGUGCAGCAGAGAGACCAGGAGGAGGCCCUGAGGCGACAGUUCAUGGUGCCCCCUGCCACUACAGUGCCGCCAGGAAUGGUGGUGCCCGCUCCUGCUCCUCAAGGUUUUAUGGGUGCGCCACCUGGAAUGAUGCCUAUGCAAGGUGGCUGCCCCGCUCCACAAGUGGCAGCUCCAAUGGUUCCUGGGCAGCCGCAGCAGCAGCAACAACCUGUGUAUGUCUACGACCCGGCCACAGGUGCAGCCAUGUACGGGGCUUCAGCACCUCAGCCGACAGUGGCUUAUUAUGACCCCCAGACAGGGGCACCCAUUCCAGCACCGCAGCCACCCGUUCCACAAGACUACAUUCUGCAGCAUAAUGCAAUGCUGAGUGGGCCUCAGCCUAUGGUGGCUCCUGGCAUGAACUCGCCAUCAGAGGUGGGCCCCCAUGUGAUGAUGCAGGCACCAGGACCAGUGGUGCCCGGACAACAGCCAAUGAUGCCUGGACAACAGCCAAUGAUGCCGGGACAACCAAUGAUGCCCGUCCAACAACCAAUGAUGCCAGGACAGCAGCCAAUGAUGCCAGGACAGCAGCCGAUGAUGCCGGGACAGCAGCCGAUGAUGCCAGGACAGCAGCCAAUGAUGCCAGGACAGCAACCACUGGUACCAGGGCAGCAGCCAGUGUUACAUGGUCAACCACCGAUAGUGCCUGGACAGCAGCUGAUGGGGCCUGGUCAACAACCACAACUGGUACUCGGACAGCAACCACUGAUGGCACCACCACCUGAAGAGACUCAGCACCAGUCUAUCCCUCCCAACAUUGACUACCAGGCCUUGGCUGCAGCAAUCAGCAACGUGACCAACAAGCCACCUAGUCCAGCCCCCAUGCAAUCGGAGGCUGCCUACCUGACAGACCCAAUGCAGAUUCCACUGCCCCCACCGUUGUCCCCGGACAGCGGGGAAGCGACACCGCAAAAUCUCGACCCGGUCUCCUCUCCCACUUUGGACAGCACGGACAGAGGGAUUCCAGAGCUGCCUCUUGUUCCUUCACAACCAGUGGCCAGAGGGGAGCCUGUGGGCACAACUUUAGAAGUUCUGCCAACCGUUGACUACGACGCAGCUGCUCCUGACACACCUGUACUGCUGUCUCCCAUUCAGCAGCAGAGUGCUACAGCUGCUGUGUACCCUGCUGUUCAGCAUGCACCGGUUGCUGUACCGUAUACUGUGGUUACGCCAGGGACUGGGGCCCCAGAAAGUGCACCAGCCAUGGUGCCAGGCACCGCGUACCCAGCCAAUCCACAACCAGUGGCCACUGGAUAUGGCCCUGGCUACGGCCCUGUGGGUGCCAGCAUGGCUGCGAGUCCAGCACAGGGCAUGCAUCCCCAAGUCUACUUCCUGCCCUCUAUCUCACAGGCCUUGCCCUCUGAGGAGUCCUUGCAACAGCAGCAGCCAAUGGUGUUGGCACCAGACAAUGAAGCAUCAUCUGGGCGUAUGUCCAGUCCACCGCCACAGCAAGACAGCACUCCAACCAAGAAAGGUGGACGGCUGCCUCCCCACUGGAAGACAGCCAAGGAUGAAGAAGGCAACGUUUACUACUACCAUGCCCUUACCAGAGAAACACAAUGGGACCCUCCAACCGUGGACGAAAAUGACCAAGACAUGGAGCUAGAAACUCCAACCUAUGAUGAACCAAAGGUGAACAGCACAGUAGGCAGCUCCAGGGGAAAGAGAUCGAGCAAGAAGAAAGCAGUGACCGUGGCUGCUGACACUUCAGAAGUGGCCAAGAAGAUCAAAGAGUUGUUUCGGUCCAGGAUUUCUUCCCACAUUGUGCACUGCCUGAACCCCUUCCGCAAACCAGACUGCAAGCUAGGACGAAUUCAGAGCACAGAGGACUUCAAGCAUCUUGCUCGCAAGCUGACACACUUUGUGAUGGCCAAGGAGCUGAAGCAUUGCAAGAAUGUUGAGGACCUGGAAUGCAAUGACAAUGUGAAGCACAAGGCGAAAGAGUUUAUACAAAAGUACAUGGCAAAAUAUGGUCCUAUCUAUCGGAAGGACAAGACUGUCUCCCCCAAGGACGACUAGCCCGCUCUCCUUUAUGCAUAGGCGUGCGAGGGGCUGCAAGCAAAUUAGAGGUGGCUGACUCGACGCUGAGAGGAAUCCUGCCAGUCAUCAGUGCAGAAUUACCAGGGAUAACCUCCAUCAGCUCAAAGUCUUCAAGCCUCUAAUCCAGGGACCACUAGACUGCCAGGCAGCAUCACUCUUCCCACACCGUGUCACAAAGUGAUGGUGCGCACCGUAUGCCACAAACUUCCAGGCAGAACAGUAGGCUAUGGCAGCAUGACGUGCAUUCAGUUGUGGUCACGGAGAUGUGAGUGGUGCACAAGUGCCUGCCUCAUCAAGUCCUGCAAUAGUGGCAUCUCCAACGGCGGCGUACAGCCGGAAAAGUUCAUGCUGUUUUAAUUGAAGCGGCACAGUCUACCUAAAGUGCAUCUGUACAGGCCUGCACACGUGAAUGAACACUUGAUGCUGAGCAGCUCUUGCUGGAAAACAGUUCUUUGGCCAAGUCAGUUGCUGAAGGCUAGGUUGUGCGAGUAAAGCUAGGAUGGCCGAUUUGCACUCCGCAGGCCGGCGUAAAGGUUCCAGCGCAGAGACCAUGCCUUCUUCUGCACACUAGGACAUCAUUGUUUCUUUGGCUGCAAGCCAUCCUUUUGUUCACACUUGUGAGCGUUCACUUAUUUACCGUGGGGAAUCGAAAAUUUGGUUCCUGUUUAUAGACUGGUUUUGUACUGCCACGCCAUAAUUGAAUUGCCUGCCGUUUGUUUUCUGCAUAAUUUUAGCUUUUUUUUUCUUAGUUGCACAUUUUUUGUUGUCAAAUUAAUUUACAUUUCCGCAAGGCGUACAUGUUCAUUUACUCUUUAUUUUUGUAGUUGCUGUGGGUUCAGAACUUGUCUGUCUGUACGAAUCACUUGACUGGUGAUUAAGCUUCCUUUUCUUUAUAUGGUAGCAUACAAGACAUAUAGUUUGAGGAAAGUAAAACGCUACAUACUCUUGGCUUAUUGACCUUUGUCAUGUGGUGUGAGAGCUGUUGGGUGUUUUGGAAAUGGAUUUGGGAUGUUACAUCUUGUAAUUAAUUCAUCUUGCUCUGGAAUAGGCAAGAAACAGCAGCCCCAUUCUGUAUAGUUGCAUUGCUGUCACUUCCGAAUGAAGUUGAGGAAUAUUGUCUUGCAUGCCCAACCUUCCCUCACAUGCACCCCCUCCCCCUCUUUCUUUUUUCCCCCGUUAUGUAUAUAAAGUGUUAUAUAAAGUGUUUCAAUUUCGUUGUCCUUAUUUAACUAUUUCAUGUCAACAGUGUCGUGUUAAAUGACUUCAUUGCAUGGUUCUCAGCGCAUGCUGUUAAAUUCUCUAUGACAAUGGUGCAUGGCUUAUAAGUUUUCUGCCCAGCACGGAAAUGUUGAAACCUAGUUUGAGCCAACCCUUUGUUUGCCAGGGAAGAACCAUGAAUUUGCGCUGCAAUUUCUCCAUGUUCAUUUUUGGGCAUUGUAUAUAUACAGAGCAUAUACGUAUAGACUGUCAUCUGCUGCACAUUUCUGGCACGUUUAGAUGGCUCCAGUGAUGAAUGUAAUAAAUAUACAUUUUCAUAUCA